AUUAUACCUGACGCUUACAUUAUGUUAUGGUCAAUCUACAUAUACUGUGAUUUGGCUGUCGCCGCUGUCGUCUCAGUUUUUCUGUCUCCUGGCCUAUAAUAAUUGGGCGAAAAGUUAAAACAUAAACGUAUGUUGAGCUGUUCGGGGCCGUCGGGCGUCCUGUCAAGUUCAUCCUCGAUCAUUAUAGAAACAUGCAGCUCCCAUGGCAACGUCCUCUGUAAGGCAUCGCGGUUUUCGAUCACUUCUGCGUCGAAAAGAUGUUGACAAAAUUCGAGACGAAAUCGGCUCGUGUCAAAGGUAUAACAUUUCACCCAAAUCGACCUUGGAUUCUUGCCAGUCUUCAUAAUGGUGUCAUACAACUUUGGGAUUACCGAAUGUGCACAUUACUUGAACGAUUUGAUGAACAUGAUGGUCCAGUACGAGGGAUUGAUUUUCAUACCAAUCAGCCACUGUUUGUAUCAGGAGGUGAUGAUUAUAAAAUAAAAGUCUGGAAUUACAAACAGAAGAAAUGUUUGUUCACUUUGCUUGGACAUUUGGACUACAUAAGAACAACUUUUUUUCAUCAUGAAUAUCCUUGGAUUGUUAGUUCUUCUGAUGAUCAAACAAUAAGAAUUUGGAAUUGGCAGUCAAGAACUUGUAUAUGUGUUUUAACUGGUCACAAUCAUUAUGUGAUGUGUGCUCGCUUUCACCCCAGUGAAGAUCUGGUUGCUUCAGCAUCACUUGAUCAAACUGUGCGAGUUUGGGAUAUAUCUGGGCUUCGUAAAAAGACAGUCGCACCAGGAUCGCAGGGGAUUGAAGAAAGAAUACGCAGCGUUCAUCAAACUGAACUUUUCGGACAAUCAGACUCGAUUGUCAAACAUGUGCUCGAGGGUCACGAUCGUGGUGUAAACUGGGUGUCAUUUCAUCCUACCAUGCCUCUGCUUGUCUCUGCUGCAGAUGAUAGGCAAGUGAAGCUGUGGAGAAUGAAUGAUUCCAAAGCUUGGGAGGUAGACACAUGUCGUGGCCACUACAACAACGUCUCCUGUACUCUCUUCCAUCCACGACAAGAACUCAUUUUGAGUAAUUCUGAGGACAAAAGUAUCCGAGUUUGGGAUAUGUCGAAAAGAACUGGAGUUCAGACAUUCAGAAGGGAACACGAUAGAUUCUGGGUUAUGGCAGCACAUCCAAGCUUGAACCUCUUUGCUGCAGGUCAUGACGGUGGUAUGAUAGUUUUCAAGUUGGAAAGAGAGAGACCACCCUAUGCUGUGCAUGGCAACACUCUUUACUAUGUGAAGGAACGAUAUUUAAGAAUGUAUGAAUUUGGUACAUCAAAGGAUGUCGCAGUUGUUCAGUUAAAGAGAGGUUCCUCAAGAACACCAUAUUUCAGUUUGUCUUAUAACCCAGCAGAAAAUUGCAUUCUGCUUGUUCAGUCUUCGUCAUCAAAUUCUGACAACAGUGCCUAUGAACUCCAUGCUGUACCUAAAGAGUAUGACAGCAGCAAUCCAGAUGUAUCCGAGGGAAAACGCUCCGCUGGUAUUACUGCCGUUUGGGUCGCUAGAAACAGAUUUGCUGUCUUGGAUAAGACGCAUACGUUGUUAAUAAAGAACCUAAAGAAUGAAGUUACGAAGAAGAUACCAACUCCUGCGUGUGAUAAUAUAUUUUACGCCGGCACUGGCAGUUUAUUGUUGAAAGAUCCUGAAACCGUCACUCUUUUUGAUGUUCAACAGAAGAGGUCUAUGGGUGUCGCCAAGGUUGCGAAAGUCAAAUACGUCAUUUGGUCAUCUGAUAUGGCGUAUGUCGCUUUAAUUAGUAAACAUGUUGUGGCUAUAUGUAAUCGCAAACUUGAAUCUCUGAGCACAAUACAUGAAAAUAUCCGCGUGAAGAGUGGAGCUUGGGACGAGAAUGGCGUGUUUGUAUACACGACAUGUAACCACAUCAAAUAUGCUUUGUUAAAUGGCGAUCAUGGUAUCAUUCGUACGCUCGAUUUACCGAUCUACAUCACAAAAAUCAAGGGAAGCAGUGUUUACUGUCUGGACAGAGAAUGCAAGACUCGAGUCCUUGGCAUUGAUCCUACUGAAUACAAGUUUAAACUGGCGUUGGUCAAUCGCAAAUACGAUGAGGUCCUUCAUAUGGUCCGUAAUGCGAAGUUGGUUGGUCAAUCGAUCAUUGCUUAUCUACAGCAGAAAGGUUAUCCCGAGGUUGCACUACAUUUUGUGAAAGAUGAAAGAACAAGAUUUGGCCUUGCUUUGGAGUGUGGGAAUAUCGAUGCGGCGUUAGAAGCAGCCCGAGCAUUGGAUGACAAGGGAUGCUGGGAAAAACUUGGAGUUGUUGCAUUACGUCAGGGAAAUCACCAGAUUGUGGAGAUGGCUUAUCAGCGAACAAAGAAUUUUGAGAAAUUGUCGUUCUUGUACCUGAUCACGGGAAAUGUUGAAAAAUUGAGAAAAAUGAUGAAAAUUUCUGAAAUCAGGAAAGACGUAAGUGGUCAAUACCACAAUGCAUUGUACGCAGGCGACGUCGAGGAACGUGUUAAACUUUUGAAAUCACUUGGCCAAGGUUCUCUGGCAUAUUUGACUGCCGCAACUCAUGGUCUUGAGGAGGAGAGUGAAAAUAUCAAGUCUGAAUUUAGCCUGGACCCUGAAAAGGUUCCUGCAGUUAAUCCGAACGCUCGCCUAUUACGUCCAGCCGUUCCUGUGUUACCCAACGAGGCCAACUGGCCCCUGCUUACUGUAUCAAAGAGUGUAUUUGAGGGUGCCGUGAGCAAAGGUGGCGCGGCUGCAAUGGACGCAGAUCAUGUGGUAGAUGGGGAUAAUGAGGGAUGGGGAUCAGAUGCUGACCUUGAUAAUGAAGAUGAUGAAUUUAAGGAUACUAUGCCGGGUGAUGAAGAUAUAGAGGGUGGUGAUGAUGGACCAGGGUGGGAUGUUGACGAUGAAGAUCUCGACCUCCCAGAUUUGGAAGGACCACCGGUUGAAGCUGAGGGAGAGGGUUACUUUGUGCCACCAAACAAGGGCACAAGUCAAGCUCAGGUUUGGUGCAAUAACUCCCGAUUGCCUGUUGACAACGUAUUGGGUGGAGCUUUUGAAAGCGCUAUGAGGCUUCUCCAUGACCAGCUCGGUGUUGUGGAUUUCGCACCAUUUAAAUCAUUGUUCCUCUCAACAUACUCUCGAUCGCGUGUAGCUUACACAGGCCUGCCUGCCUUGCCAACCAUCUUUGUCUUUCCUCAUAGAAACUGGAAGGAAGCUGGUGGACGCGCUGGCCUCCCUGCUGUUGGUGUUAAACUGAAUACGCUCGUACAGAGGCUUCAGACGGCCUAUCAGCUCACUACUGGUGGGAAAUUUCAGGAGGCUGCUGAAAAGUUCCAAGAUAUUUUACUUCAUGUUACACUUCUUGUGGUGGACUCAAAACAAGACAUUAGUGAGGCUCAACAACUGCUUGGGAUUUGUCGAGAAUAUAUACUUGGUUUACUGAUGGAAAUCAAACGUAAAGGUUUACCUAAGGGUAAUUUAGAGGAACAAAAACGACAUUGUGAGAUGGCGGCGUAUUUCACACACUGUAACCUUCAACCAGUUCAUCAAAUUCUUACACUAAGAACAGCGCUGAACCUCUUCUUCAAGUUGAAGAAUUACAAGACAGCUUCGUCAUUUGCGAGACGUUUAUUAGAGCUAGGACCUCGACCAGACGUUGCUACACAGACUCGAAAAAUCCUUCAAGCAUGCGAUAAGAAUCCUACGGAUACACACGAACUUCAGUACGACCCUCAGAAUCCAUUCACGAUCUGUGGAACGACAUACAAGCCGUUGUAUAGAGGUAAACCACAAGAAAAAUGUCCGUUGUGUCAAGCCGCGUAUUUCCCUGAGUUCAAAGGACGUGUCUGUGGUGUCUGCAAGGUCGCUGAGAUCGGAAAGGAUGCGAUUGGGCUAAGAAUUAGCAUGACUCAAUUCCGCUGAGAAUUUGUACAAGAAGGACUUUUAAUCCUACGAGGAAACGCAAGCAGAAAUUUAAACACGCGAAGAAGUCAAUCGAAGCACGCCGGAAGCGAACACGCACUUAUCAUCGUGAUUUACCAUUAAACAGAAGACUAUCAUAGGUGUCGUUCUUCCGGUAAGCUGGCGAUUGACGAUGCUUACUAAAUAUUAAUUAAAGUAGAAAUAUAUUUGCAAUUCAAUUUUAUUCUAUAUUCUGGUUUAUAGUAAGAGC